AUGCCCGCCAGCGUCCUCUUCGUCGCGCCGCUUCUGGCCGCGUGCUACGCCCUCCAGCAGACGUACCUCGCCAAGCUGCGGGAGCUCCGCCACCUCGACGCCGAGAGUCGCGCGCCGCUCCUCGACCACCUCCAGGAGGCCGAGCGCGGCCGCGUCCUCUUCUCCGCACACGGCGUCCUCGAGGCCCGCGCCGCGGCGUUCGGCGACCUCGUCGCGCGCAACGUCCGCGCCCUCUGGCCGCUGUCGUGCAUCGACCUCUGGCUAGGCGUCCGGCUCGAGGUGCUGUCCGUCGUCCUGCAAGUCGCCGCGCUGGGCCUCCUGCUGGCCGGGUCCGCCGACCCGGGCGUGCUGGGGUUCGUCAUGACCUACGUCUUCCAGGUCACCGGCACCCUGAGCAACAUCGCCAAGAUCAGCGCUCAGUUCGAGGCGGACGCCGUAUCCGUCGCCCGCAUUGCCGAGUACUCCUCCGCCGUCGCCGUCGACGGGGAAGAAGACGGUUUCCCGGUCGAGCGUGACGGGUCGAACGGGUCGACGCCGUACUCGGACAGCGAUCCGUCUCCGGCUUGGCCACAGUUUGGCAGAGUCGAGUUCCGGGGCGUGAGUGCCAGUUACCAGCCGAGCCUACCGGAUUCUCUCCAGUCAGUCAGCUUCACCGUCAACCCGGGAGAGAAGGUCGCCGUUGUGGGACGGACCGGCGCCGGCAAGUCCUCGAUGGUGAUGUGUCUGCUGCGACUGAUGCACCAGACGGCCGGGGAGACCCUCAUCGAUGGCGUCGACAUCGCGGGCGUGACGACUGUGCGACUCCGCCGGAGCCUGGCUCUCAUGCCCCAGACCCAGAUUGUCUUCUCCGGGUCCGUCCGCCAAAAUCUCGAUCCGCUGGGCCUGCAUCAUGAUGAAGAAAUCUUGGAUGCGUUGGGAGUUUGCGGCGGGCCGGCCAUCAUCGACAAGCUUUCGGGGAUUAGAGACUCGGAAGAAAUACCAUUACUUGAUACCAUCGUGGGCCCCAACAUAAAUCUGUCCAAGGGCGAGCUCCAGCUGCUUCUUCUUUCUGGGGCAGUCCUUCAGAAAUCCAAGAUUCUCAUCUUAGACGAAGCUCCGUUGACCCAACCACCCAAGACAGAUCUAAUCAUUCUCCAAGCGACCUCGGGCAUGGACGCUGAGGCCGAGGCCCGGUGCCACGAAAUCAUUUGUGAGAACCUGAGAGACACCACCACGUUGGCCAUCUUGCAUCGACUGGGCUUGACCCUUCAUUACGACAAGGUUCUCGUUCUCGAGCGCGGCAGAGUCGUCGCGUUCGACACGCCCGCGGCGCUGCUGGCCCAGGGCCAAGGCCCUUACUUUUCCAUGGUGCAAGAGGAUCCCACCCUUAUGGCGAGGGCGAAGCAUUUGUUUGGGCUGGAGUGA